AUGAAGUUCUUACCAGUUGUGGCAGUGAUCGUGCUCUGCGCUGCGGCAGCCCAAGCUGGCACUGGUCAUCCUCAGCUGGUGCGUCUGCACCAGGUCACCCGGGAGGAGUACAACGAGCUCCUGCGGCUCACCCAGGGCAAGGAAGAGGUUUCCGAGGCCCGCCUGCUCAGCAGCUCCAUUGCCGGCAUCAAGGGUUUGGCCUCUGGCUUCGCCGCUGGCAACUUUAUCCCUGCUAUCUUCAAUAGCGGCUCCAAGGAGCCCAAGAAGGGACGUCCCCUGUGCGUCAUCUCCGCCAAUGAUUUCGACAACGAUGACGAUGAGGGAAGGCGCUUGGGACGUGUGGUGAGCAUCGAAUACGAGCCAAACAGCGACUCCAGCUCCUCUUCGAGCAGUGGAAGUGGUCAUGGCGGCGGUCAUGGUAGCAGCAGUGGACAUGGAAGUGGUCACGAAAGUGGUCAUGGCAGCGGACACGGCAGUGGCCAUGGAAGUGGUCAUGGCAGUGGAAGUGAUGAGGACGAUGAAGUGAACACUGUGAACUGCAUCCUGAUCGUUAAUGGCACCGAUACAAAUACAAAGCCUAAGCCAGAUCAUGGUCAUGGACAUGGUAGUGGAAGUGGAAGCGGUCAUGGAAGCGGUCAUGGAAGCGGUCAUGGAAGCGGUCCCAAGCCAGCCCCUUACUACCCACCCCCUCCACCGUACUACGCCCCCUACUACGGCUACCCACCCUACUAUCCUCCCUACCCCUACCCACCACCACCUCCUCCUCCACCACCACCAACGAAGUACAGCCUCUUCAGCGGACUCAAGCGAUCGUUCAAUGAUGAGGAGGAGGACGCAGGUCGCCUGAUCAAAGCCUACAAUGGACUGUACUACCUGCCCCACGGAUAUCCUCUGAGGAUCGGAAAGUACUCGAAGGUCAGCCAGGAGACCCCCGCCUACCAGCCAGCCAGCUAUCCCAAGCAGGAGUACGCGAACACCUAUCCCAAGGUGGUCCGCAACUACGGUCUGACCCACCCCGCUCCCGUCUACGUGCGAUCGCCGCAGUUCGAGCAGGAAAAUUAG